AUGAGUUGGAACAAAAUUGUUUUGAUAAAAUUUAUAUUAACACUAAAAAUUAUUUCAACCUCGGCUACUAUUACAGACGAAGAAUACAAAUUUAUCCCAGAGCUUUUUAAAUUUGAGGACUAUGAUAAAUGCAUCUAUCGCAGUACUGAAGCUGAACCAACUUACUGCAGAGUUACAGUUGAAUUACAACCGAAAUAUCUUACAGAGUCAAACGCCCUCUGGAAUAUAAUAGAGAAAGUGAGCUCGGACAGGAAAAACUAUCGCUACGAUUUACUCAGACACGGAAUAUGCGCCAGUAGGAAAUGUGCAAAGUACAACGAAACAAUAUCCGAGUGCUUAAGUCGAAUAUACAAGUCAAAAUACGGACGUUUAGGACUUGAUGCUCAAAUUAACAAGUACCACUGCGAAACGAAAGAAUCCGAUUACGUUAUAAACACUAAGGAUCUUACUGUUUUGAUGGGUUUAGGUACUUACGUCGGCUUUGUAGUACUAGUUUCAAUAUGGCUGGCAAUUUAUGGAAAAAAAAUUGUCAAAAAUGAGGACACAAAGAUAUCUUUUUUUGAGGAUUUUCUCUCCGCAUUUUCACUUUCUGACAACAUCCACUCCAUAAUGCACAAAAAAGCGACAAAUAAUUAUUUUCAUUCUUUAGAUGGUGUGCGUUUUUUUGGUUCAGUUGUUCUGACCAUCGCACAUACGACGGCUGCUGCAGCACAAAUCCCAGUUUCUGACCCUCAGAAAAUAGAACAAUUUACGAGUUCAUUUUUAGUUAUCGCUGUAAUUAAUCUAACAGUUGCAGUUCAAGUUUUCCUCUUCAUAUCUUCUUUCUUAACAACAGUCAACUUUUACAGUCAUCUGAGACGUAAUCAUGACGUUAGUCUGGGAUAUGUUGUGCGCAAAAUCGUCAAAAGAUAUAUGAGGUUUACUUCAGGGCAAGCUGUUUUAAUCGCUUUGCAUAGCACAUGGUUCAUGCAUUUAUUUCGUGGUCCAUUUUGGGAGCAAGUAAUGGGACCGGACCACAAACACUGUAACGAAAAAUGGUGGAUAAACCUGCUUUAUAUUAGUAACUUUUUCUUUGACGAUGGAGUGUGUUUACCCCAAAUGUGGUACUUGUCGGUAGAUUUUCAGUUGACUGUGAUUGGUUUAUUAGUUCUAUGGUGGUCCCAAAAGAAAACCGAGCAGAUGUUUUUGGUUUCCGGAUUAUUAAUAUUUUUGCAGAUCGUUUGGACAUUCCUCUACUUAGGUUGGAAUAAUUUCGAAUUCACCACUUUAUAUACACCAGAGUUAACGUAUGACAUGAAUUUUACGUCCAUUAAAGAGUGGCAAGCGACUUGGAUAACUAUCGCCACCAAUUUGGCCGGACUUGCCUGGGGAUUGAGUUUCGGUUACGUGUAUUCACACUAUCAGAAUAACAAACUUUUUACGAAACGACUUAACUGUCACAUUUGGUGGUACACGAUUAUUAUGGUUUGUACUUUAGGAACGAUAUUAUUUUCCGCGUAUUACAAGACCACUGAUUAUUACUCGAACAGUAGGUGGUUCGCUGCAACUUAUGGUAGUGUCGAGAAGGUGCUAUGUGUUUUUGGGAUGGGUCUUUUUAUUUUUGGCUUGGUACAAGGUCUCGGAGGGUUCAUAAGGAAAUUUCUUGAAUGGGGUCCAAUGCAUACUAUGGGCAAGUUGUCAUUUGGUACAUUUUUAAUCCAUUUUGUGUUUAUCAGGAUUGACACCGGUUUGCAACGAAAUCCUGUUCACGCCUCAGUUUAUUUAACUACGACUGAGGUAUUUAAAAACCUUGCGCUAUCUUACUUCACUUCAAUAGUACUGACUUCGCUUGUUCUGAUGCCGGUGGAAAAUUUAGUGGGCAAGUUUUUGUAAAUUUUAACGUUAUUACUCAGGAUAAACACCCAUGGAGAAGGAACAAAGUUGCCCAACCAACAUCCACGAACUAUCACGCCAACAACUUAACACAAACUUUUGUUAAAAGUACUUUCAUUUUGUUUUGUUAGUUUUGAUGACAGGAAAUUUUGCAAUAAUAAUUAGUAAUUACGAGUAAAAAGCAUUAAAACCUGUGGGUUUAAAGCAAAAUAUUUAAUCAUGAAAUCUCGAAGGAAAUAGAAAGAGUUUUCAGGUAAACACCUUUUAAUUAUCUUCUUAUUACGCUUCGGAUUUUAGGUCGUUAAAAAAUUAAUAAAAGGAGACAUUUUUAGGUCCCAAAAUUGACGAAUUAGGUUAUAAAAAUUUUAGUUUAGGUUAAAAACCUGGAGGAAAAAAUAUUUGCUCAACGAAAAAGCAUAGGUACAUCAAAAAAAUAUAUAUUUAAAAAAAAACACUAAUUCUAAGCAAAAAAAUGGCCAUCAAAUUAAAGCAAGUCGCAUUUAACAAAAACUAAAAUAUUAAUUCAGGUAUUUAAAAUGAGUAA